CCACGCUCUGCGGAUGACAACACGCUUGUUUUGUUUUGCACUCGCCUCGCCCCGUCGACAACCGGCAUUGUUUACUGUCGUUGUCGUUCACAAGUGUGACACAAGAUGAAGAGAAGUAAGAAGAAAACUGGUGUUGGUAUCAAUACGAUAACAAACUUUUUCAACAAGUUCACCAAAGGCAAGGAGAAAGCCCAAAGAAGAGAGACUGCCGGCGAGAGUUCUGGAAGCUCAUGCGACGACCCGGAUCCAAAGCGUCCAUGUAGUGUUGAACCUUCUGCAUCGUCGUGUUCAACAUCAGAAGCUUAAUGCGACCCGACUCCUUCCGCAUCCUCUCGGGUGGAAACGACGCCACUGCCCCCGCCGGCGCCUGCAUCAUGCUUCUCGUCUUCCUCUACGGAUGGUGAAUUCAGCGGCGGUGCCGGUGAUUCUGCUGGUCUGGCUGAAACGGACGGCGAUGGCGACCUCGGCGCUGCACCUGCGGUUCGGGUUCGUACUCCUGGUCAACACGCUGAGAAGGUGAUUGGUGGCGACGACUUCGGCGCUGCCGUUGCGGAUGGUCCAGCCGUCGGCAGCUCGAUGAAGAAAGUGGUGCCCACUCUUCCGCGUACGCGGAACAUUCCAAGUAGCACUUAUGUUUUCCCUAAAACUGACGGUAGAAGUUGUCGUCUCGAGUAUUUCGGCAAGUACGGCUGGUUGCACUUUGUCCCUGAGGAAGAUCACUGUGUGUGUUUCACGUGCGUGAAAGCUUAUGAAUUGGGGAACACUGCCGCUUCGCGUGGGCAUGGAAUUGAUGACAGUACGGACCCAUUUCUCAAGACAGGCUUCAAGAAUUGGAAAAAAGCUGUUGAAAAAUUGAAUCGACAUGAAAACUCUAAGUACCACCGCGAAGCAGCCGAGUUCCUUGUGCUUGCCUUACAAAGAGAGAGUGUGGGGUCAUUAUUGGAUGCGCAGUUGAAAAAAUCACAACAGGACGCGCGCUCAGCCUGCAAAGUUGUCAUUAGCUCUAUAAGGUAUCUUGCGCGCAGUGGCCAGGCUUUGAGGGGUGGUGAGCAUUACAGUGGCAAUUUAGUUGAACUUUUGGAGGAAAGGGCAGAAGAAUGCCCUCCGCUAAGAGAGUGGCUCAAAAAGCGAGAUAAGUGGAUUAGUUCAGACAUUCAAAAUAAAGUUUUAGAAAUAAUUGCUCACACUGUAAUGCGCACACUCCUUAAGGACAUAGCAGCCAGCCCAUUCUACUCAAUAAUGGCUGACGGUACAACUGAUAUAUCUGGUGACGAACAACUCAGUGUUUGUUUUCGUUACGUUGAAAGGGCCUCUCUCCAUUCAUAUGAAGUGUUCAUGGGACUCGUCAGCGUCACAAGUGGAAAAGCUGACUAUACGAAACUUACCCUUGAUGACGUGUUGGUUCGCCUAGGUAUUGACAAAUCAAAGCAACGGGGCCAUGUUUCGACGGAUGUGCGGCAAUGGCUGGACACUUGAAUGGUGUGCAGAAACUCAUCUGCGAUGAGCUGCCCAAAUCUAUUUUUAUCCAUUGUUCUAACCACUCUCUAGAUUUAGUCUUGCAAGAGUUAGCUCGCCAAUGUGAUAUGUUUGGGGACACGCUUGUGCUCAUCAAAGACGUUUCCAAAGCAAUUUUGGAAUCUGGUAAGAGAAAGGCCAUGUAUGCAAACAUCGUCAUUGAACCCUGCUUCUCAGACGACGAAACUUCUGUGGGUGGCCCUGCUGCAAUUCGCCCAUUGCUCUCCUUGUGCCCCACACGGUGCCCCACACGGUGGUGCAUUAGAGCCCCGGCGAUUCGCCGCUUUGAUGAAAACUACGGUCGCGUGCGUGCUACUCUUCGCCUGUUGGUGGAAGACACAUCACUGCGAUUGACUGACGAGCGGAGAGCCACUCUUCGCGGCCAUCUGAGAAAACUAGAUCAGUUUUCCACUGUUCUGUCGAUCAAGUUGGCUCUCUUGAUCUGUGAACCAGCUGAGCAGUUGGCUAGAGCCCUUCAGAGUACAGGGUACACGGCAACAGGCGCCAAGCAGGCUGCCCAGGCCCUUUGGGACACCUACAAUGCCAUGGGGGAGGAAGAAUUCGACCAGGCGUGGAGGGAAACCGAGGCCCGCAAUGCAACCUGCAACAUGGAUCUGGAGAUGCCAACUGCCCCACGGCGGCGCGCUCCACCACGCCGACUCGGCGAGGUAGGGAACGCAGCACCGGUCGAGUCACUGUCUCCACGUACGGUGCUCCGCCAGAAGUUCAUCGCGGUGCUCGAUCGGGUCAAAAAUGAGCUUGAUCGGCGCUUCAAUCAGCCGGGGAUGGCUCACCUGAUCAAACUUGAAAAUGUUCUUUUGCAGAAGAAGCCUCUUGAUUCUGUUGAUGAUUUGAAGCAUGAAUUGGGGGUUCAUGCUGACGACUUUGAUUGUGAUCUUCUAUUUACUCAGCUUAAAAUAGCUAAGCUUGUGGUGCCAGGAACUGUGAAAACGGUUAGAGAGUAUGCUGCAGUGCUUCGUGACUUGCCACAGGUGUCACGGGAGAUGAUCAACCAAGUUGAACUGCUGGUGAUUCUCUUGUUGGUGGUGCCCGCAACCUCCGCUACAUGUGAAAGAUCGUUCAGUGCUUUGCGGCGCAUCAAGAAUUAUUUAAGAGCCACUAUGACUCAAAAGCGUCUGACACACUUAAUGAUGUGCCAUGUGCACAAAAUUCGAACUUUCACUGUUUCCGUCACAGAUGUUCUGAAUGAGUUCAUUUCAAGAACUAAUGAAAGACUGCGGGUUUUUGGGCCGCCCACGCCGAACCCGUAGUUCUUCCUUGUCAUUGUACUUUUGUAUUGUUAAUUCAUUACAUUAUUUGAAUUGUAAUCUUUGCAUAUUUUGUAAAUGUUUGAUUCAAUAAAAUAUGUUCUUUCUAAUCUUUAAAGUUAUGACAAUACUAAUUUCAACUUAACAAUUUCAUAAAUAUAAUAAUACGA